CCCUAUUUCUCUUUCCUCAAAAUAUAAAUUUCCCCAAAAGAAGGGGAAAAAUAAUUCCAAUUUUGUUUUUUCAAUUAUCGGAUGGGACAACAGCAAUCUAAAGACGAGCUUUUGUAUCAGCAAGUUAAUUAUGGUAAUGUUCAAGGCAUUAAAUCUCUCCACAACGAAGGCGCUGGCCUUGAGUGGCUAGAUAAGGAAGGGAAGACGCCGUUGAUGGUGGCGUGCAUGAAUCCCGAGCUUUACAAUGUUGCAAAAACUUUGAUAGAAUUGGGUGCAAAUGUCAAUGCUUACCGUCCAGGUCGUCAUGCGGGGACUCCUCUACAUCAUGCAGCAAAAAGAGGUCUUGAGCAGAUGGUUAAGUUACUCCUUUUACAUGGAGCAAAUGCGUUGAUAAUGAAUGAUGACUGCCAAACUCCCCUUGAUGUUGCCAGAAAUAAAGGUUUCAGCAAUGUUGUCCGUGCAAUUGAGAGCCAUAUUUGCUUAUUUUCUGGUUGGCUACGGGAACUUUACGGGCCUGGAUUCCUUGAAGUAUUGGCACCACAGUUUCUUAGCCGGAAAGUCUGGGUGGUUGUCUUACCAUGUGGUUCCCGUAAUCUCAGAAAGCCUUUCAGGUUGGAGCUUGCUAUAUAUUCAGCUGUCCAGGAUGCUCAGCCCCGCACAAUAGUUGCACUGUGGAAGGCCAAUAUGGAAGAGCCAAAUUUCAGCCAGCCUGAUUCAGCAGUUAUCAUAUCCGAUGUUUCAAACAUCCCAAGGCGCUGGAGGCGAAGGCGAGGGAUAACGCCCUCCCAAAUGAUAAGGAAUAGACUCCAAGGAGCUAGGCAAGCAAGGAUUAAACUUACAGCAGUCCAGGAGAGCGAAAAGCAGCAAUUGCAGUCUUUCUGCAAUGCAUGCAAGGGAAUUCCUCAGGUCAUGCAUCCAGCAUUUCCUUUCAGAUCUCAAACCCCUGUGGUCCCUCCAACUGCUCCAUCAACCACAGAGGAUGUGGAAUUAGCAAUGGCGAUUAAUGCCUCUCUUCAGUCCGCUUCACAACAAAGACCAACUUUUCAUGAGAAUCACCCUGGAUCAGCCAGUCAUAGUGAUAGCUCCUUUACAGGGGCUUCUUCCCAAAAAGCUAGCGGUACUGGCUGUCAAGUUGAGGAAGCCAGUUCAAGUGGCACUCAAGUGGAGCAAGUCCAGGCUUCGAGUGAUACGUCUACUGUUGUCCAAGCAAUGCCGGAGAAUCCGGUUACUGCAUCUGCCCCAACAGCACCUCCUCUUACGGAUGACGUAAUAGACAAUGGGCCAAUUCAUUAUCCAUCGAUCGACGCCAGCCCAGUUGACGUGUCUUCUCCGACUGUUCAGAACUCCGGAGCACACGAAAGCGAUAAUCCUGAUGGCGCUUCUUCAUCUUGUAUAAUAUGCUUAGAUGCUCCAGUGGAAGGAGCUUGCAUCCCUUGUGGCCACAUGGCUGGAUGCAUGUCUUGUUUGAAUGAAAUUAAGGGAAAGAAGUGGGGCUGCCCUGUCUGUCGUGCCAAGAUAGAUCAGGUGAUAAGGCUAUAUGCUGUUUAACAGUUGAACCGCAAAUGAUUGAAGCAUUAAAUGCAUACGCAGAAGUUUUGCAUUAUUGGAAAUUUCGAGUUUGUAUACAUAUAUAUAUAUAUAUGCCUAGUUGUGUUUAAGAUUUCUAAAGGAACCAAAAUGCUACGGUUGUCUUCAUGGUUUUUCUUCCUGGAAAGAAUGUAAAUUUCUUGUGCAGAGAAGUGAAACUGUUGCUGGGAUUACAGAUAUAUUGAUAAAAUCUGUGAAUAAUUUUUUAUUUUUAUUGGGACCUUUAUGUGCAGCUUCAACUUGGUUAUUGCGUUACUAGUA